UUUGUCAGCUGGGCGGCGGUAGAGACUGGAGAGACGAGGACGCAUCUUAAUUUCACGUGAAGCAUAUAUAUAGCGUGGACGUGUGGCGAACUCGACAUUUAUUUGAGACUCAUGUCUAUGACAUCACGUCCAUUCCUCCCUGAAAUGAAAGGAUCGGUGACGUUCCAGAGAUGCGCAUUAGGGCGUUUUAUAGACGCAGACAAACGGCUCCUUAAUUCAAUUGUCACACACACACACACACACACACACACACACACAUGUACUAAUAAAGUAGAAAUAACCAAUAAAUUACAAAUAACGAAAAAAGGGCAGCAUUGAGGGCUUCUUAUAACUCUACAUCGAAUCCAAACAAAACAUUAAGAUGUUGCAUCUUAGUAUGUGGUAAGUCAAAAGAACCUAUAAUAUUAUGAACAAUGAUGAUAAUACAAUGAGGAAUUAUAAUUCACUCGAUAUAGUUGUCUUGCACGCUGACGCUUGUAGGAAAUGAUAGACGUGGAAAUAAUCAAACGAGGUAAUUGUCUACACUACGUCGUCACAUUCUGCAGUUACUUUUAUUGUGAAAUCUAUACCGGACGUUGUGUGUGGUUCACUACAGGGCAGCUUGAUGCUCGUCUGGUCGACGUCGCUGCCGUGGAAACCACACACGACCAGUCGAGCGGCACUAGAGCCUCCAUCUCGGCAUCCAUCCGUCCGUCCCCUUCUCCCCCAAAACAUGGCGGACGUCAAGUGAGAAGAGGAGCAAAGCGGAAUCGUGAGAAAAGGUCAAGGGGGAAAAAACCAACAAAAAACCAAGCCAGCAACAGCGAGGAGGAGCCUGCAGUGUCCCUGCAGGACAUCAACAUGAGGAAGGCCUUCAAGAGCAGUACUGUGCAAGACCAGCAGGUGGUGUCCAGGACGUCGGUGCCCAACCCGGUGGUGGAGAUGUACCAUCGCUGCGACAAACCUCCUCCGCUCAACAUCCUCAGCCCCUACAGGGAUGACAAGAAGGAUGCGCUGAAGUUCUACACGGACUCGUCCUACUUCUUCAACCUGUGGAAGGAGAAGAUGCUGCAGGCCACAGAGGACAAGCGCAAGGAGAAGAGGCGGCAGAAGGGCUGUCCGGCCCAUCCUGACAGGCCCCAAUCCAGACAGGCCCCACCCAGGAGCCCCCUGUCCAUCUCUGAGCAGCAGAGGCAGGUAGACGACCCAGGCCGAGAAGUGAAGAAGGUGCGUAAGGCUCGCAACCGUCGCCAGGAGUGGAACGUACUGGCCUACGACAAGGAGUUCCGACCCGAUGCCAGGCUCACGCCUUCGCCUUACCACGGCAUGUCUCCCGAGGGAUCUUUGUCGCCCGACAGCAGGUCCGUGGCGUCAGACUCGUACCCCGCCAGUCCCAACCACGCCGCGAGCCAGGCAUCCGCUGCGAACCACCACGCCAGGGAUCAGACGGGCGCAGCGGCCCAGACCCAGUCGCUGGAUCGGGGGCUCAGGCCCGCCAACCAGGUCGCGGGAGCGGGAGGGGCAGGUUCCGCCGGGCGCCACGUUGCCUCCCUGGGCAGGACCGCGUCGGGUCAGGCCAGCCAGGCCGGCGGGGAUCUGACAGUCAACGGGCCCAGGCAGCCGCCGUUCAAGGAUUACCGGGCCGGCCACGGCAGCAGCCAGCCCUCCUCUAUACCGGAGUACUACAUCCCGCCUGCGCCUCCCCCUCCUCCCCCGACCAUCCCCUCUGCCCAGACCGCCUUUGAUCACACCCCGGGCCCAGCCUCCGGCACUGCCUCAGCCGUGCCCGCCGUCUCCUCCGCCCUAUCCCGUCCAUACUCCCCCUCUCCUCCUCCACCCCCCGUCAACUACGUGCCCUCUCCCGCCCACCCCGCUUCCGGGGUGCCGCCGGCCGCCCCGCCGCCGCCUCCGCUCGGAGGUCCUGCGACGGAUGCCGUACCCCCCGCCAGGAAGGGCACCGUGCUGGGGAUGAUCCCCAUGAGCGACGCCCGCUCUGACCUGCUGGCUGCCAUACGUAGAGGCAUCCAGCUGAGGAAGGUGCAGGAGCAGCGGGAGCAGGAGGCCAAGCGCGAGCCAGUUGGCAAUGACGUGGCCACGAUCUUGUCUCGACGCAUCGCAGUGGAGUACAGCGAGUCCGACGACGACUCUGAACUGGAUGAGAAUGAGUGGUCCGACUAAAAAUUCCGUUGCGCUUCGGUGAGGUGCUGCACACGUAGCCGACUGAUUUUCACAUUAUAAUCCGCUACCGUUCAAAGGUUUGGGGUCAUUUUGUUUUGAAAGAAAAGCAGUGCUUGUGUUUUUCGAUGUGGAUAAUAUUAAAUACUGAAAGAAAUAUAGAUAGAUAUUUUCUUUAACAAAUCCGGACAUUUCUUGUCCACCCCCAAACUUGAAUGGUGAUGUAGAUACUGUAUUCAACAGUGCGUUUUGGUGGCAAUCGGGAAAUUGUCUGGGUAACCCCGAACUUUUGAACGGUAGUGUAUAUCAUAUUCUUAUUGAAUACACCUCGAAAUAGAAAAGUUGGGUUGCCGCCGAGACCUCUUUCCAACCAAAAUAGGAAAACAAUUGUUGCCCUUCCAUCCGAGUUCAAAAUGGCAGAAACAUUACAGGUGGGGGGCGAUAAUGCAACGUCAAUGUAUCCGCCGAGUGGUCUUUCUGAAAACAAACAGUGAACCCACUUGAGCACUUUUAACCAAAGCCCGGUACACGCACAAGGACAAUGGACCUGUUUUUGUGGCGAUUUUGCCCCUUCCGACCAAGCACGUCACACGCCAGACAAUCUUAAAUCUGAUAAGAUUAUCCUAGAAGAUGGUCCUUCGGUCCGAUGUGUGUUAAAAGUGGAUUCGUCCAGAUUUUCGGGUCCAAAACAGGUCGGAGCCGACAAUCUUAAAUAACGAGCGUGCUCAAUAUUUACGACGAAAAGUCUUCACGUAUGUGGGGGAGAGCCCACCUUCCCACCGAGAAUUGUGAUGUGGAACGGAAUAUAGCCAAUCAAGAAGCACGUUAACUCAACAAAAAGAAACGACCUUAAAUGGAAAACAAGCAUAUCUUACCUGAUGCUGUUUCUUUUGUAUAAAAGUGGGUUCCCCAAACGGCAAGAAGUACUGUAUUUUCCAAAGCAAGUCGUUUUUUUGAGGAGAUUGUCAUUUGACCAGGCUCCCGGCUCCGGUAACCUUAGCGGAAUGUUCAGGAAACAUUGUCGUGAAGCCAGAAGGGUUUCUUCUUCUUCUUCGGUUCUGUGAGAUCGUGUGUGAUCAUGCAAGAUUACGAGAUCGGCGCUGGAAAAGAUUCUUUAUGUGCGUGGCGUUUUGUGCUGAUAUUAUCGGAGCACACUACACACAAGCUGACCAAAAUUGUUAAUACCCCGAUUUUUUUCUCUUCAUGUUUGGGGUCUGUCACAGAUAAACAGUCUUUUAAGAUGUGAAAAGUCCUUAUCUUGCGUACCAAGCCAGACUCUUCCAGGACUUUUGACCAUCGGUCACAUUAAGUCAGUCACGUGCGUUGUUGACGUCAGAAAGCCGCAAAUCACUCGACGCUAUUUAGCAGGUGCCAGUUAGCUGGUGCCCAUUCAACGCCGCCAUUUGCUACUUGGACACCAUCAGUUGUGGCCACUCUUUUACUUGUGAGACACCUGGCGGUGGGAGUGUGUUACUGUAAAAAAAUACAAAUAAUAAUAAUAAUCUAUUUGUUAAAACUUGAACAAUUGUAUAGUGGCUUUGUUGCAACAUGUUUAAUAUUUGUUGUUGUUGCAAAAACAAGUUGAAUAAGUUGGAGACCUGUUGUGUUAAUGUGACCGGAGGCCCAAACUCCCCUGGACCCAGCAUCUUUGUCAUUGAAAGUCAUAGUGUUCCAUUGAAACUAAAACUAAAAAGCGACAAAGCUGCCCAGUGCCCCCAGGUGGCAAACUGUCGUCAUCUUUACCCUGCACUUAUGAAUUGCGAGAGUGCGCUCAGGCCAAUAUGAAGUGACUAAUUUCAAGGCUGUGAACGUGUGUUGUGUGUAUGCCAAGUUGGAAACUUGGUCCUCGCCCUAACCUGGGGCACAUGCUGACCCCAUUAUCAGCACUGCGCAGGCUUUGUGUCCGCGCUACAAAUACAUGCGCAAUAAUAAUAAACGGCGUUAUCACUUUGCUCGGGCUUGAGUCGUCUGCUUUGAAUUACUCUAGUAUCUUUUCAAGAAUUAUUUCAUGCUUUUUGUUUUUUUUAGGUCGAGACUGAGGUGAAACAUUGUGCUUUUCAAAACAGUCAAAUAAUGAAAGAUCAUUGAAUUGAUUGGACUGUUGCGCGCUACUGAUUGAGUGAAACAGGAUGUCACAUUGCCAAGAAAAAUCUUCCCGGGCUCACAUCGUAAAUGAAUGUCAAGUUUUCUGCUUGUCGCUGCGUGUUUCUGUGGUGAACGUGCGGGUGGGCGAGCGAGCGGCUUGGGUUGACGUGGUAGAUUCUGCACAGUCAUAUUCUUCUUAUUAAUUCAAAGAAAUGUGCUAUAAGUAAGUAUGCAUGCAACUAUAGACAAUAAAUGCUCAACUUGA